UUCUCCGUCUUGACCUCUGAUUGGGAGCGGAAGGAACCAACCGGGGAGUGAGGGGGGGGGAGUGAGUGACAGUCCUGGAAGUCGCCGCGGCUGAGGCUGAACCUCGGGUCCGGUUACCAGGAGCGACCGUAGAGAGGUUCCCCUAGAAGUGAGAGGAGCACGACGGAGGUGUGAGACUAGAGGCAUCACCAUGGCUCUUGCAUGUCCAGAGCACCACAUGAGACUGGUGUUCCCACAGCACUAGAGGUAGAUGGAGCAGAGCCUGUGUGACGCUGGAUGAUGCCCAUCUUGGUGACAACAUGGCUCACUUUGAUACAGAGUAUCAGCGACUGGAGGCCUCAUACAAUGACUCUCCCCCUGGAGAAGAGGACCUGAUGGUUCAUGUCCCUGAGGGCAGCAAAUCUCCCUGGCAUCACAUUGAGAAUUUGGAUCUCUUUUUCUCUCGCGUCUAUAACUUGCACCAGAAGAAUGGAUUCACUUGCAUGCUUAUCAGCGAGAUCUUUGAGUUAAUGCAGUUCAUCUUUGUUGUGGCCUUCACCACAUUUCUUGUCAGCUGUGUUGACUAUGACAUACUUUUUGCCAACAAGCUGGUGAAUCAUAGCCAGCAUUCCAGUGAUCCAGUCAAGGUGACUCUGCCUGAUGCCUUCCUGCCUCCCAACGAGUGCAGUGCCAGGAUCCAGGCUAAUGGCUUUCUCCUCUCCAUCCUGGUGAUUGCGGGAGUUUUCUGGAUCCAUCGAUUGAUUAAGUUCAUCUACAACAUUUGCUGCUAUUGGGAAAUACACUCUUUCUAUAUCAACGCACUCAAGAUUCCUAUGUCCAAUUUACCCUACUACACAUGGCAGGAGGUGCAGGCCCGGAUUGUGCAAAUCCAGAAAGAGCACCAAAUCUGCAUCCACAAGAAAGAGCUGACAGAGCUGGACAUCUACCACCGCAUCUUGCGUUUCAAGAACUACAUGGUGGCUAUGGUGAACAAGUCACUACUGCCUGUGCGCUUCCAUCUGCCCUUGCUGGGUGACACAGUUUUCUAUACACGUGGCCUCAAGUACAACUUUGAGCUUAUUUUCUUCUGGGGCCCUGGCUCUCUCUUUGAGAAUGAGUGGAGCCUCAAAACUGAAUACAAGCGAGGCAGCAACCGCCUGGAGCUAGCUGAGAAACUGGGCACUCGCAUCCUGUGGAUUGGCAUUGCCAACUUCCUCCUGUGUCCAUUGAUCCUCAUCUGGCAAAUCCUCUAUGCUUUCUUCAGCUACACAGAGAUCCUCAAACGAGAGCCAGGCAGCCUGGGUGCCCGUUGCUGGUCUCUCUACGGUCGCUGCUACCUGCGCCACUUCAACGAGCUGGAUCACGAGUUGCACUCGCGCCUCAGCAAGGGCUACAAGCCAGCCUCCAAGUACAUGAACUGUUUCAUUUCGCCCCUCUUCACUAUCGUGGCAAAGAAUGUGGCCUUCUUUGCCGGCUCUAUCCUUGCCGUCCUCAUUGCCCUCACUAUUUAUGACGAAGAUGUGCUUGCUGUGGAGCAUGUCCUCACUACUGUCACCAUUCUGGGUGUGGCAGUCACUGUCUGCAGAUCUUUCAUCCCGGACCAGCACCUGGUAUUCUGCCCAGAGCAGCUGCUUCGGGUGAUUCUGGCACAUAUCCACUACAUGCCUGAUCACUGGCAGGGCAAUGCCCACCGCUAUGAGACCCGAGAUGAAUUCGCCCAGCUCUUCCAGUACAAGGCGGUCUUCAUUCUGGAAGAGCUGCUCAGCCCUAUUGUGACUCCCUUAAUCCUCAUCUUCUGUCUGAGGCCCAAAGCCCUGGAGAUCAUUGACUUCUUUCGUAACUUCACAGUGGAGGUGGUAGGUGUGGGAGACACCUGCUCUUUUGCCCAGAUGGAUGUGCGCCAGCAUGGACACCCUGCGUGGAUGUCGGCUGGGAAGACAGAAGCUUCCAUUUACCAGCAGGCUGAGGAUGGCAAGACAGAACUGUCCCUCAUGCACUUCGCCAUCACCAACCCACACUGGCAGCCGCCUCGGGAAAGCACAGCCUUCAUUGGCUUGCUCAAGGAACGUGUGCACCGGGACAGCAGCCUGGCCCUGGCCCAGCAGGCUGUCCUCCCUGAUAAUGCACUCUUUACCUCCAUCCAGUCCCUUCAGUCAGAAUCUGAGCCACACAGUCUGAUUGCCAAUGUGAUCGCAGGCUCCUCAGCACUGGGCUACCAGGCAGCCCGUGAUGUGCAGGCAUCAUGGCAACUCUCCGCUGUAUCUGAGAUGGCAUCUGUCCUGCGUUCUUUCUCCCCUCUCCAGUCUGCUCAGACUGCCCAUGGGAGUUCUCAUGCUGAUGGUUCCCAGCUUCGGGGCCCUGGCACAAUGGCAGGCUCAGGGGCUGAUGCAAGAACAGCUAGUUCCGGCAGCAGUGCCUGGGAGGGUCAGCUCCAGAGCCUGAUCCUUUCGGAAUAUGCCUCUACUGAGAUGAGUCUGCAUGCACUCUACAUGCAUGAGUUGCACAAGCAGCAUGCCCAGCUGGACCUUGAGCGGCACCUAUGGCACCGGCGGGAGAGUGAUGAGAGUGGAGAGAGUGUACCAGAGGAGCCAGAUGGACAACAUGGCACUUCCGGGGGUGCCAUUCCUCGCUCAGCUAGCUAUCCUCUUGCCUCACCUCGCCAGGCUGGAGAUGAGACAGCUGCUCUACAAGCAGGCUUCCAGCGCCGAUACGGUGGUGUCUCAGACCCAGGUACGGUGAACAGGGCCCCAUCACACUUUGCUCGACUGCCGCUUGGGGGUUGGGCUGAGGAUGGCCAGACUGCUCGACACCCAGAGCCUGUCCCAGAGGAGAGCUCAGAAGAUGAGUUGCCACCUCAGAUACACAAGGUGUAGCUGUGAAGGCUGAAGAUCUAACGAGGGUUCCAGAUUCUGGGCCCGCCUCGGCUGCUGGCACAUUGGGUUAACCUGCCCUACAAGGUAUGGGUUGGCCCAAGUGUCCAUGUCCUGGACGUCAGUACCGGAGGGAAGAAGGUGCAAGUCAGCAGUGCCUUUGUGGUGGGCGGAACUCUAUCCAGACAUGCAUCAUGCCAGCAGCACACUACACGUGCAUAGGCUGGAUGUGUGUGUGAUUACAUAUAUUUGUCUGUGUCUGCAUAUGUGUCGUCCGUGUUGGAGAAUCAUCUGAGACCUGCACAGAAUGCCACAGAGCACACAAGACAGCAGGGCGAUGGCAGGCAUGCAUCCUGCCUGGAAUGUUUAGGAGAAGGACCUGCAAUAUGGACCCUGUGCAGAGGCAGAAAGAGCUGUACCACUGUCCAGACCGCACCGUGAUUAAAGAUGCAAUCAGGAGAUAGAUUUGGACUCAGGAAGAGAAGGGCUGGGAGAGAUUAUUUUUGUAACAGGAAUGGGGCACAGGCUUCCUCCAGUGGCAGAGUCGGGCGUUCACCAAGCUUGUGGCUCUUCUCUGCUUUACCAUUCACUCCUGAACUUUGGAGCCAAGCCACACAGGGCACCCUUGUAGGGCUGUCCCCAUUUCCAAAGCAGGACUUGCUUUCCUGAUGCACAAUUAAUUGCAUUCUGCCUGGGACCACAUUUGUUUAAUGUCCCUGUUGCAAUCUCAAAGCACAGGCUUAGAAAGGUACACCACAUCCUUCCCAGGAUUUCUUUUAGCCUGUAGCUGAAGCAACCUGUGUCAUCCCCACACUUACCCAAUAACGCCAAGCUUGAGUGCCUCACUCUUCACAGAGAUGGCUCUGUUUGGAGGAAGCCCCUUGUCCUUUUCUUGUUCCUACUGCUGGGGCGUAGAGUUGGGUGUGGGGCUCUGCAUCACGUUCUGCACAUGAUUGUAAUUGUGGAAGGAGGGCAGGCACCAUCGUACUGUUCGGAUAUUUCUCAGAUCCCCAGACCCUGCUUGGUUUUUUCUUCAAACUGGUGCUGCUGCACUUGUGUGUUCAAAAUACGAAAGGAAUCAGGAUGCCUUGACAAGAAGCAUCCAGUUCUAAUGGGGUUGCCAGCAAGAGAAGGGUUCCUACAUGCCAAAAGAAAUAGAAACCUGUCACAUAAGGCGUGAAUGGUCUUCAUGUUUUUCUAACAAGCAGACAUCCCAAAGUAUUUUUGAAGCUUUCUGCUUGUUCUGCUGGUUCUCCACUUACGCUAAAGGACAUCGUUCCACUCUUGCACCUGUUCCACUGCCUUUUUCCCAUUGCUGCCUGGCUUUAGCACAGCAGCAGGAGACCUCAUAUUUGCAUAGCUAAUACCACAAUGAAUCCUUUCUAGAGGGCCAGUCAAAGUAUUGCAUCCCAGAGGGCAUGGUCCAAUCCAGCUAUCCACGCAUGGGUGAAGGGUCCCCCAUCCCUUGGCCAACCCUGUAAUUCAACUCCUUAUCUCUCUGGGGCCAAAACUGUACCACUAUUUUUUCAAUGGGUGUUGUAGCCUUCAAGAACCGCUUG